AUGCAGACGGAAAAACGAGCAAUCGAAGCAAACCUCCACGCCGUCGCCGGAAAACGAGUCGAAAAACCUCCUCCGCCGGCGCCGCCCUCGUCCUCCCCUUCCCACGAGUUCUCCUUCACCGUCUCCCUACACCCACCUCCCGCCGCCGCCCCGCCGCCGCACGCCGCCGUCGAUCUAUCCCCGGCGGACGACAUCUUCUUCCACGGCCACCUCCUCCCCCUCCACCUCCUCUCCCACCUCCCCGUCUCCCCCCGCUCGUCCACAAACUCCACCGCCAGCCUCACCCUUCCCUCCUCCUCCGCCGCCGCCGCCCAAUCGGACCCCAACCGCCGCCGCGCCGCCACGUGCAUCGGCGAGAGGAGCCUUCCGGAAGUCCGAAUUGCCGGAAAAUCGUCGAAAUCGUUCUCCCUCUUCGGACUGCCCAAAUGGAGGAAAUCGUGCGAGCGGCGGCAGGGGCAAAAUCGGAAAUCGAAAUUCGACCUCAGCCGCUUCCUGCACAAGUACUUCCGGCUGAUAAAGCCGUUGGUGUCUCGUGGGGAGACGGAAUCGCGGAGGAUUGGGCGGCAGACCCACUCCUUCUCCGAGAACCUGAGAUUUAGGGGAGGGCUCAGGGGGCUUACGGGGCGGAGGGAAUUCUCGGCGCCGCCGUCGAUUGGGAACUCGCCGACAAACAGCGGGCUUCUGGUGGCCAGCGGGAGUGUGACGCCGACGGGAUAUCGUCAAGGCAGGAGCGACAAUAAGAAGGGAUGAACUUCAAAUUUGUUGGUGGCGGUUUUACGCGGUAACUUUUGUAUGCCAUUUUUUGGGUAAUAAAGAGUGGUAUAAUUUUUGGAGCACAUCUCAGGUGCAAAGCAAAACCAAGGUGUUCAAUGUACAGUAAAAUCCCAAAAUUUCUUUCACAAUCUUGUGAUGAGAAGUAUGAAUUGACGAUGUAGGGCAAUUUGUUCGAGAUCUGCAAACAUGAGCAAUUUGCUGUUUGCGAGCAUUGUAUAUCGAGCUUCGUCCAUACGAUUUUUUCUGAUAGAAAAACCAUCAUCCACAAUCAACAACCGCUACUCCAAUAAUUUGGCAUAUUGAACACCAUUAAUUUUAUUUCAAAACACCAUCAUCCGCAUAAGCAAUUCGCUGCUUCCGAGCGUUGUAAUAUCGUUCAAGUUAUUUUUUUAUUAAAUCAACCACCAUGGUUGCAUGUGGUUAAAGGCGAAAAUUACAAAUCCUCUAAAUUUUUUGGGUGUUUGAUACCUUGCCUUAGGUAGCAUCAGCAUAGAAUUGUACAAAUCACAACGUAGUGUGAAUAUUUUAUCAUUUAAUUAUAGUUUAAACAUUCUAGCAUAUUUUGUAUUGCAUUGAAAUUACUAAUAAUAUGCAGUGUAACACACGUAAAUGUGCAUUCAUUUUUGAUAAAAAAU